AUGGAUAGGUGGAUUGGAUUUGGUUAUCUUCCUUCCACCAAUGAGUACAAAGUUGUUUUAAUGUAUAAGGAGCCCGAAUAUGUGGUAGUCAUGGUUUACACUCUUGGCAGUCGCAAUGGUUGGAGACACAUUGGGAAAUUCAGACUCAAAUAUAAUUACAUUUACAAAGGACAUGGUACCUUUGCGAAUGGAGCUCUUGAUUGGAUGCACCCAAAAAAUAAGAUGAUUUUAGUCUUUGAUUUGGCUGAUGAAAAGUUUCGUGAACAUCUUUCACCACCUCCUUCGCCAGCAGGCGCCAGUUAUUCAGAAUUUGGAGUUUUGGGUGGGUUUUUAGUUUGUGCUCAUAGAUACUACAAUCCAGACACCAAAAAGUACAUGUUUUCCGAGCUAUGGCUGUAUAAAGAGAAGAAUGAUAAUUAUGACAUGAAAGAGCACCCGUCAUGGGGUUGGACUAAAGAGUUUAUUGCUAUAUUUAGCAUACCGUUAUCAUUUUCGAAGCAAGGUUGUCUCUUAGGCUACGGUUACAACUAUUUGAAUACAGGUUAUGGUCCCUGCUAUUUUGAUAUUUAUGACUCAAAAAUGUUAACCAUGUCCACAGAGCUGCCAAAUUUCAAGGAACAAUUUUGUCAAGUAUUCCCUCACUACCACACCUUUGUUUCUUUAAAAGAACUAGGAGAAGAAGGUACCAAAAUAAUGCAGGCAGUUGAAACUACGAAGCGAAAAAGGCGUGAUUAG